AUGCGUAAGUUUUGGGAAGUUGAAGACAUCCCACGCGUGGACAAAUUGCUCACAGAUGAUGAAAAGUAUUGUGAAAAAAUAUUCAUGGAUACUACAAAGCGGGAAGACGACGGUAGAUUCGCCGUGCGUAUUCCUCUGAAAGAAUCGCCCGAAUUACUCGGCGACUCUUACAAUAUGGCGGAAAAAAGAUUCAUGUCGCUCGAACAUGAUUUGAUAACUGGGCACGACGAUCGAGAUGUUUUGUUAGAUAUUUGCAGAAAAACAUCAGAAAUCCUAAAAUCCGGGUGUUUUCCAUUGCGUAAAUGGACUUUUAACUUCGACGUGUGCGAUACGAUAUCUAAGGAGUUGUCGACCGCUUAUGGGGCCUGCGCAUAUAUACGGACAUAUAACGAUGACAGCGACAUUGUUGUAAAGUUUUUAUGUGCAAAAAGUAAGGUCGCGCCAUUAAAAACAUUGAGUAUUCCCCGUCUAGAACUUUGCGGCGCGUUGAUAGGUGCGAAAUUGUAUAAGAAAAUAAUCGAUUCACUGCGUUUAUCUUUCGAUCAUGUCUUCUUCUGGACGGACUCCACUAUAGUGAUGGGCUGGCUACGAAUGUCGCCGCAUUUAUUAAAAACGUUCGUUCAAAAUCGCGUCACGGAGAUAAACGAAUUGACAGGAGAUAUGCAGUGGUUACAUGUAAGUAGUGGUGACAACCCUGCAGACCUAGUAUCUAGGGGUCUUAAUCUAGACAUGCUUAGCCGCUCUUCACUCUGGUGGAGUGGCCCUUCCUUUUUAUACGAUCGCGAAACAAAUUGGCGAAAUAAUAAUAUUCCGUCUGAAAAUAAUUUACCCGAAGUUAGGGGCAACCCUAUCAUUGCCACAACUACUAGUAUACAGUUUCCGAACGUUAUUGAUUUUGAGAAAUAUUCGUCAUAUAUAAAAUUAAAACGCGUAUUUGCAUAUGUUUUGCGCUUCAUAAAUAACUCGCGUAAACAACAAUCGAUCAAUGAAUCAUUCAGCCAAUCGAGCGUUACUGGCAAUCGAUCAAAUCGUGUAAUCGAUUUAAGCGCACAGGAACUACUCUCGUCCGAGCAGAAGCUCGCCCGUCUCGCUCAGUUGCAAUCAUUCCCUGACAUUUUUUGUUGUUUACGCAAUAAAUUACCUUUAAAAUCAGUUAAAAACAAGAAACUAUACAACAAAAUUGUUGGAUUAAAUGUUUUUCUAGACGAUAAUGAGUAAACAUCGUUUCGCUGUGUUAUUAUGUGAAUACGAACACAAGCAGUUACUACAUGCGGCUACGCAGUUACUAGUAGCCAACUUACGAGAUAAUUGGUGGAUUUUAGGAGUUCGGAACCUAUCAAAAAAGACUCCAACGACCUGCAACCCCUCACACCAGGGCACUUCCUCAUCGGGCGUUCUCUCACAGCGCCGGUGCACGACGAUCUCACCUCCAGGCAGGCCAACCGGCUCCCUCGCUACGACCGCAUAGAACAGAUGAGACAACAUUUUUGGCGCCGCUGGUCUACAGAAUAUAUUUCGGAGCUGCAGUUGAGGACAAAGUGGAAGACUAAGGCCGACGACUUACAGCUUAAUACGCUUGUUUUAAUCAAAGAGGACAAUUGGCCACCUUUGAAAUGGCGUAUGGGAAGAAUUACACGUCUAUAUCCCGGUAAAGAUGGGGUGUCACGCGUUGCUGAUAUUCGUACGGCGUCAGGCGUCAUUCAACGUGCGUUCUCCAAGAUCUGCCCAUUACCACUGGAGCCAUCUCCAUCAAGCAGCGUUAACGUUUUGGAAGAUGGACCUUCCAAGGCUGGGGGCAUGUCGGGAAGUGACAGCGCCAUCUAGUGCGUCAGCGACGAACCGCGGCAUUCACUGCAUUCACUCGUUCAGAAACAACUCCAUCUUGGGACAACUCUCGUUCAAAAAACACUCGCCAUCGCCAUCUUGGACGCUAUCAGCUAUUAUACUUACCACCUGAAAACGUUGUAACUAUUGUUAAAUAAAAUAAAUAAAUACGUUGUAAAAAUAUAUAUUGAAAUUAAACGAUUAUUAAACAGU